CGACUUCUGACAGUCUGACCAUCUUCUACUUCUUCUUCAGCGUAAUCCCUAAACCCUAAAACCUCUGCAAAACCCCCAAACCCUCCUAAUCUCCAUCGAACCAUCUCCACCGUCCAUUUUCAAUCUCAAAAACCGAAGUAUGCCCGUACUCCAAACCACCUGCAUCUCCAAUUUCCCGCCAAAUCCCAACUCCGCGGUUCCACUUCCGCCCUAUUCUUUGAGCUGCUCCGCCCUCAGCUCCGCCGCUUCUACAUUCUUCGCCAGAAGUAAAAACCCAAUCUUCCAACCCAAUUCCGCUUCUUUCCUCCGCGCCAAUCCCCCGCGCGGGGCUCGUUUGGCCAUCAGAGCCGCCGGAACCGAUUACUAUAAGACUCUCAACGUCCCCAGAACCGCCACGCUGCAGGAGAUCAAGUCCGCUUAUCGAAAUCUCGCCCGAAAGUAUCAUCCGGACAAGGGCGGUGGAGCUGAGGACAAGUUCAAAGAGAUUAGUGCUGCAUAUGAGGUCCUAUCAGAUGAUGGGAAAAGGUCUUUAUAUGAUCGCUUUGGUGAAGCAGGUUUACAGGGAGACUAUGGUUCCUCAACCAUGGGUCCAUCAGGGGUGGAUCCUUUUGACAUUUUUGAUACAUUCUUUGGAGGUUCGGAUGGGAUGUUUGGAGGAAGGGGUGAAUCAGGAGGCAUGAACUUCAAUUUCAGCAACAGGGGAAACCAGGGUCUUGACAUUCGGUACGAUCUGUAUUUGAGCUUUGAAGAAUCCAUUUUUGGGGUACAGAGAGAAAUCCAAGUUUCUUGUGUUGAGACAUGUGAUGACUGCGGUGGAACAGGUGCUAAAUCUGAUAAAGGCAUAAAAUCAUGUACUGGUUGUGGAGGAAGAGGAGGGGUGAUGAAAACUCAGAAAACACCAUUUGGAAUGAUUUCGCAGGUAUCAACCUGCUCAAAGUGUGGUGGUGAUGGUAGAAUAAUCACUGAUCCUUGCCAAAGAUGCAGUGGCAAAGGACAAGUGCAGUCAAAAAGAGCUAUGAGCAUAAGCAUUCCAGCCGGUGUUAAUGAUGGAGCCACAAUGCAAAUUCAAGGGGAGGGGAAUUUGGAUAAGAAAAGGGGUAAAGUUGGAGAUGUCUACAUAGUACUCCAUGUAGAUGAAAAGGCUGGAAUUCGAAGAGAUGGUCUCAAUCUGUACUCAAAAAUCAAUAUUGAUUAUACCGAAGCCAUUUUAGGGACCGUUAUAAAGGUUGAAACUGUUGAAGGCUUGAAAGAGCUUCAGAUUCCUUCUGGAAUUCAGCCUGGAGAGACGGUAAAGUUGCGACGCAUGGGGGUUCCAGACAUCAACAGACCUUCUUCUCGAGGAGAUCAUCAUUUUACUGUCAAUGUUCUGAUCCCAAAGAUAAUCAGUGAUAAGGAACGUGCACUUGUCGAAGAACUGGCUUCGCUUAAAGCAUCUAGAGAAGGUCAUUCAGCUGCUUCUAAAGGCACCGGGAUACGAGAUAGGAACUUUGGCAAGCAUAGAACCAAUGCGUCAAGCCAGGCAACUAAACGUUCUGCAUCCCUGUGGGACUCGAUAAAGGGCGUGUUGGGGAAGAGGCAGUCGGGAGAGGGAUUUGCAUCAGUCAGCGUGGACAGGCCACCGUUAUUAUGGGGCUCAUUCCAGCCGGAUCCGUUGCAUAUGGCAUCAAUUUUUACAGUUUUAGUCGUAACUUGUAUUUGUACCGUCAUGGGAAAGACCGGUAACCUCACUUUAUUACAGCAAAAAGAUGGUUCUCCUCGCACUCGUAGAACAAAAAAAGAACAACGUUGAUAGAAAUACAAAGUCCUGACGUUGCUAACUAUAAUGUAGUUUUUACAUACAACGUUAUACAUUGGAUUUUAGGAUUUGCCCUGCAA